GGAGAAGGAAACCAUAAGAAAUAAAGAGACUGUCGCUUAAGGGGAUUAACAGGACCAGGCAUCAACCUUAAACUCCACAACCCGGAAAAUUUACAUGGAACAAACCGGAAAAAAAACAGUAGCAGAAGGUGAUUUGAUCUUUGCCGCUUCUCAAUUUUUCAAGAAAACCAACAAUGAAAUUGGUUAUAUUGGAGGACCACACCAAAGCCAGUGAAUGGGCUGCAAAAUAUAUCCGGAAUCAGAUCGUUCAAUUCAACCCAGGUCCUGGCAGAUACUUCACUCUGGGGUUGCCUACUGGAAGCACUCCAUUGGGAAGCUAUAAAAAGCUAAUUGAAUAUUAUAAGAACGGAGAUUUAUCCUUCAGAUAUGUGAAAACAUUCAACAUGGAUGAAUAUGUGGUGGGACCAAAAUUGUUCACAAUACUCUGGAUGUGGUCUCUCUAGUGCCUUGUACAGUUGUGGCCUUCCAAAGGACCAUCCUGAAAGCUUUCAUUCUUUCAUGUGGAACAAUUUCUUUAAACACGUAGAUAUCCUGGCUGAAAAUACACAUAUUCUGGAUGGAAAUGCUCCAGAUCUGGAGGCUGAGUGCAACGCUUUUGAAGAGAAAAUUAAGGCGGCAGGAGGAAUUGAUCUGUUUUUUGGCGGUAUUGGCCCAGAUGGUCAUAUUGCAUUCAAUGAACCAGGAUCCAGCCUUGUAUCUCGCACCAGAGUGAAGACUUUGGCAAUGGAUACAAUAUUGGCCAAUGCUAGAUUCUUCAAUGGAGAUUUGACUAAAGUCCCUACUAUGGCUUUGACUGUUGGAGUGGGUACCAUAAUGGAUGCCAGAGAGGUGUUGAUUCUUAUCACAGGAGCUCACAAGUCCUUGGCUCUGUAUAAAGCAAUAGAAGAUGGUGUAAACCAUAUGUGGACUGUCUCUGCUCUUCAGCAGCACCCCAAAACGCUAUUUGUAUGUGAUGAAGAUGCCACAUUGGAACUCCGUGUAAAAACAGUCCAGUAUUUUAAAGGUUUGUUGCAUGUUCACAAUAAGCUUGUAGAGCCAUUGUAUAGUAUGAAGCAAAAUGGUGCAGUUAAGGAAGCAGCUUGUUAUUUUUAAUGAAGACCAUCGAUCUGCAGGACCUUCCACAGAAAGCAGUUCUUCUGCAAGAGUAACUGAAGGAAAUCUAGUCUGAGAGGCUGUGAAAUCUUAAGAUGGAUGAUCUUUGUGCUUCUCGUGUUAUCAAUCAAAACUUCUGAUUUUUGUGUUGAGGACAAUAAUGGAAUGUAUCUUUAAGUCUGAUUAUGGCUUGAGAGCUGAGACCUGUUCAUCUGAACUCCGGUGACUGACCCAUAAGCUUUUUGUGAAAAGCAGAAGUGAUGAGGAUUGUGUUCCUGACCUAUUCAAAGAUUUAUAUUUAUGAAAUGUGCAAUUUGCAGCUUGGAUCUGCUGGAUCUCAAUUUUGAAAUAUUUCUUUUGAACCAGUUAGAAAUAUUUGAAAAACUAUUAAUUCUGCAAUGUAAAGUUGAAAAUAUGCCUACUAAAUAGGACAAAGCCAUAAUAAUUGGAUUUUUAUUGAAAAUGAUCUUGCACAGAGGUCAUUGUAAAGUACUCAGCACCUCCCAACACUCUGCUGAUUAGUAUCAUUGUCUCUUUUACUCUACAUUGAGUCUACUUGUAAUAUAGUCAUCACGUUUAGUCAGUAGAUUUCAAUUUCUCAUUGAAAGUCACCUUCAAACGUAACAGAAUUGACCCUUGCUUUUUGAUAACUUUUGCAUAUGGUGUAUUUAAUGAACAGGACUUAAGAGAUUUCUGCAGUUUAUCCAGCCAGUGCUGAUGUUUGAAAACCACUAAACUCUGCUUUAUCUCUCAAUUGCCAUUUCUGCCAAAUAGCUAAUCACCUAUCAUACAUUUGCUACAUUUCUCUUCAGUUUCCCUGAACACUAUUCCACAUAACCACCAGUUUCUGUGGAUGCAGUGAUUGCACAGACCUACAUGCAUAACGCUUUGUUGUUUGCAUUUGCUUUUAUGCCAAAUGUUUCCUGUGUCAGAUCACAAUAGAAAGGAAUUUGCAAAGGACUGUUCAGUGAAAUGUAGAAGCUUCUACUCUCCACUUUUUUUUUCCCUGGAGUUUGAAAUGUAUUAAGGGAUUGUGUUGCGCUGUUAUGCACUGGUUACUAGUCCAGCAUGUUUAUUUCAGGGAUAGUUAAAGUAGAUGCUAUGUGUGUCUGAAGGCUGAUGAAUACAAAAAAAAGUAUAUGUUGGGCUAUUUUAUGAAAUCAAUUAAAGGAAGUCUCUGCAGGCAGAAUUAAUCAAAGUAAGCCACAUUGUCAUCUGUCAUAUUGUCGACUUUCUAAUUUUCUUUUGAAGAACAAUAAAGAUGU